AGGACUAACUUGACAAUGGUCCACCGCACCCACUGGAAGCUGGAGGCUGCAUGGGAAGCCGGAGCAUCCCUGCUUUGUCGCCCACCGACCCCGCGUCAGUGAACAAAAAGAAGCGUCGCCAAAAGCCUUCGCGUUGACCAUUCGAGCAGACAUGGGCUGCGGGCGGGGAGGGACCGGCCACCCAUCGACGAGUUAGGGGCCGUUUGAAUUCAACACCACAUCCACCACCAUGGCGAAGCAGUACGAUGUGCUCUUCCGACUCCUGCUCCUCGGAGAUUCCGGGGUUGGGAAAACAUGUUUGUUAUGCAGAUUCACGGACAACGAAUUCCACCCGUCUCACAUCUCCACCAUCGGAGUCGACUUCAAAAUGAAGACACUAGUAAUAGAUGGUAUCAAAGUACGGAUACAGAUCUGGGACACUGCAGGCCAAGAACGAUACCAGACCAUCACUAAGCAGUACUACAGACGAGCACAGGGAAUCUUCCUGGUGUAUGAUAUCACGAGUGAGCGAUCCUUCCAACACAUCAUGAAGUGGGCCAGUGAUGUGGAUGAGUACGCUCCUGAGAAGGUCCGCAAGAUCCUCGUAGGGAACAAGUCGGAUGAAGAGGACAAGAGGCAGGUGGCCACAGAGCAAGGUAUCAAGCUGGCCAAGGCUUACGGAAUGGACUUCUUUGAGACAAGUGCCUUCACCAAUCAAAAUAUAACAGAGACUUUCACACGAUUGGCUGAACAGGUGCUGGCAGCCAAUAAAAAGGACCUGGAUCUUCUCCGGAUGUCUGUGAAUGACGAGAUUGAUCUCGCUGCUCUGGAGGAGGAGGAAGGACUCUGUGACAGUGCGGCGGGCGAUCAAGGCAAAGGCUGCUGGUGUUAAAGAAAGAAUUAAAAUCAGAUCAUUUGUUACCACCAGACACUUUGCACACUCUAGGCAAAAUGUUUCUUUUUGUCGUUAGUUGAAACUAAAGAGGAACAUUGCGAACGAGACAUUUGAGAGCAGUUUCAAGGACAAAGAUGGAAACAUUUUGCCCCACAGUGCCAAGUGUGUGGUGGAUUAACCAACUGAAGGUCCAAAUGUCAAGGUUUCCCUCAGUGAGAAUGAUUGUUCAUUGUCUAGAGCACUAAUUCCUGCUCCGUUCAGUGUGUCUUGGACGUAACCAAAUAAAAAUCUGCAAUUGACCUACAGUUGACUUAACACCACGAUGAGAUUCUACCAUCGUCUUACUAAACGUGUACAGUGUUCAGAUGUAGAAAAUGGGGAUUGACUUGGUAUGGUCCACCACUGACUCGAAGCGUUUCACAAUGUUAUAUCUCACAAUGUUUUCCAAGAGCUGUCUCUUAUAUUGCUCAUCGGUCCGGUUGCCUUGCAAAUCAACAAUGUGAUUGAUUCCAUUUGGCCUUCAUCCAUCCCUUCAGUGUUGUGCUUUAUGUGGGAAUUGGCACCCCUGCACACUCCGCCUUUCUACUGUUGAAUGCAUUAGAUGUAGUGUGAGAACUUGACCACAAGAGGGUGCUACGUGCAUUGUGAAAAACUGCACAUAUGCUGGAGAGUUGCCAUGUGUUAAAUGAUGCUAUUUUGCCCUCUUUUCUUCUGCUUUUGUUUUUGGUUGUAAUUGCACUUGCAGCGACUACCUUUAAUGCGAUGAAAGGAUUCUAGAUAUAUGCAGUAAUUUUAUUAUUUCCUUUUAUUGUUUUUAUGCAAAUAUAUUGUCUCAGUAAUAAAUAUACGCUUUGCAGCUUGCAAUAUCGUCCAUGUAAAACAACACGUACACUCUGAUAAUGACACCAGUAAAAGUCGUUAACUGGGGGAAACAUUGAGAGCAAAAUUAUUCAAUUUCCCUGUAGCAAAACGGAAGAUAUUUUUCAUUUUAUAGUCUUUGUUUAUUCCAGAAGAUGUAUAACACAGAUAGUUUGAUAAGUGCCCACUGCAUUGUACAUAUACCAGGUUUUUCCAAAGCAUUGUAGAUUGGUAGAACCAUGAGUGUGACAUUAAUUUAAUGUAUUAUUAGAGGGCUGUAUAAAAAAAAGUCCUUUCAGUGAUAUUCUGGUCCGAAAUGGUCCCUCUGUGAAGAUAACAAUGUUUUGGUCAUUUUCUCGCUGUUUUGUACAGACUCCAGUAGAGAUGCCAUUUAUUCCUCCCUUAUAAAGGGACAAGCGAGGGUUUUGCAUGCGAUCCACUCUUCUUUCUUUUCUUUUAUUGCAACUUCAAUGAAGUUAAUCAUCAACUGACCACACAAGCAUAGCAUUUGACCAGAGCUUCCUGUUUGAGACUUAAACAGAAUCACCAUCACUGGAAGAAAUUUGGCUGAAACUUCUUUUUGCAACACAGAAAUAUGAAAUGCUCCUCAAAACCGUUGUUGAUCUGUGCACAGUGUGAAAUGAAUGAUGUUCUGGAUUAAGCUCUAGAUACACAAUGUAUCUGUUGUUUUCAAGAACUACUUUUUUUUUCUUCUCCUUUUAGACUACUUCAACUUGUAUUUGUGGAAAUAUAUUACAUGCAACAUGUAAAAUGCAACAUGUUAUUCUUGACGAAAAGAUGUCAGAUGUUUAUGAGUAAAUACUUGCAGAU